GGCUGGCAGCGCGCUGUUGGAAUCUACGAGUUUUAAGAUUUCGCUACGCCCAGAGUACGGGAGCUUUACGGACAAUAGGUGUCAAGAUCCUCACUUUCUCUGAGCGGUUUAUUACCUAGUGUGAAGGUUUCGACUUAAAUUUGAAGUGAGAACUGGUAAUUGAUCACACAUCGAGGCGAGAUUUCUUCUACCCAAACGAGAAUCACACAAAGCCCCGUGCGUAAAGGCCCCCGCGCUGAACAUCUACGAGACCGCUUUGGUUUGGCUCAAGCUAAAGCAGAAGACCGGUGUCCAGUGUACCGAGCCCUCGCUUCGCCUGACGGACGUCCCAGCUCCUUGUUACGGCGUUACAACUGCAUACAGCCCAGGGAGGACCUUGAUUUCCCCGCUUUGCGAUGCAGUCUGCUCGGAUCUUUGCACAACAAUGUAUCGGCGUCUUGUCCCGGCGUUAGCUCAGCCGCUGCUUCAUGGCCAGCAGUAGCAGCAUGCUCAUGGGCUCCGCGGUGGUGGUGUGGGAAUGGCUGAACGAGCACGGACGUUGGCGGCCCUACAGCCCCGCAGUGUCCCACCAAAUCGAGGCGGCCAUAAGGAGCAGCGACCCCCGCGGAGGAAGCGUGGUCCUGGGCCAAGUGGACAGUCGCCUGGCGCCCUACAUCAUAGAUCUCCAGUCCAUGCACCAGUUCAGGCAGGACACAGGCACCAUUCGUCCAGUGAGGAGGAGCUUUUAUGACCCUUCCUCGGCCCCAGGGCAGGGCUGGCAGUGGGAGUGGGAGAAUGACGCAGGAUCGUGGACGCCGUACGACAUGGAGGUGGCUAUUGCCAUAGAGACUGCCCACAGCCGCCAGCAGCCCUGCCUUGACCUCACGCCCCUCGGCUUCUGCUACCUCAUUGACUACCAGAACAUGACACAGGUCAACAGACAGAGUCAAAGGUGCCGGAGGAUCCAGAGAAGAGCCGACUUGGCCUACCCUCUGGUGUCAGGGCCCCUGCCCAAAAGCGGGGGAGGAGCUGGAGGAGGCCUGACAGGAGCCCUGCUGGGCGUGGGGGUCUCUGGGGCAAGUAUGGGGGGCGGAAGCUCGGUCUACCCCAAUGGGGGAGGGCCACCCUCGGGCCUGGGGCAGCCCUGCUCCUGUCAGCAGUGCAUGCUGGUGCUGAGUGUGAAGACCAACACAGGGGGCAUGGGGGUACAGACUCUGGGCCGCCGCUCGCUCACCAUGCAACGCCCCAAAAACACAGUGCCCCCUACAGGCCGCUCCUUGAGCCCGUCUAAAUCUGCCACUUUGGGCCGAGGGCAGAUGCAGACACAGGGGUACUACCAGACCCUCCCACAUGGUUUAGCUAUCUCUCGAAAUACAGCGUCCCCCAGGACCAAUGCCCAGCUGUUUGCCCAGUCUCUGGCUGUGCUCACCGCAGGCACGUCCUCUCUGGGCAUCUCGUCUUCCAAUAGGCCACCUCCGCCAUCGCUCCCGCCCCCUCAGCCCCCGAUCGCCCAUCAGAACCCUCCAUCUCUUCCGGCCAAACUCUCCUCAUCUUCAGCCAAUGACGUUGUGCCAACCGCCACAUUGAUCACUCCCGCCAGCAGCGUGACCACGCCCCCCUCGCCUGUGCCAUCGCCGUCCCCCGUUGUCAUGAAGCCACAGCGAACGCCAUCGUCUGCGACAACAGCCUGCCACGCCCCUUUGCCACAAAGGUCCAGCUUAGCUGGACUCAGCCGCCCGGCGCUGCAGAGGAUCGCCAUGGCCCAGUCCAGAGCACUCAUCGCCUCAGGUGUGCCAACUGUCCCAGUGAAAAACCUUAAUGGAUCUAGCCCUGUUCACCCUGCACUUGCUGGGAUCACUGGUAUCCUGAUGAGCGCAGCUGCCUUGCCCGUGUGUCUGACCCGCCCCCCCAAACUGGUGCUGCACCCCCCACCCGUCUCCAAGAGCGACAUCAAACCGGUGCCCGGCUUUGGGCACUGCUGCCGCAAGACCACCAAGAAGCAAACGCGCAAAGGUAAAACUCCAGAAGAGGUAGUGAAGAAAUACCUACAGAAAGUAAAGAGCCCCCCUGAAGAGGACUGUACGAUCUGUAUGGAGCCUCUGGGGGGGCCAUCAGGAUACAAAGGCCCAGGUGUGGGGCCUGCAUCUAGGGCAGAAUCUGUGGGUCGCCUGGCUCAGUGCGGACACCAGUAUCACUUUCAGUGUUUGGUGGCAAUGUAUAACAACGGCAACAAGGAUGGCAGCCUGCAGUGUCCCACAUGUAAAACCAUCUAUGGAGUGAAGACAGGGAACCAGCCUGCGGGGAAGAUGGAGUACCAUGUGAUCCCCCACUCUCUGCCCGGACACCCCGACUGCAAAACCAUACGCAUCAUCUACAACAUACCACCAGGCAUUCAGGGACCAGAGCAUCCGAACCCAGGGAAGCCUUACACUGCCAGAGGCUUCCCUAGACACUGCUACCUCCCAGACAGCGAGAAAGGACGCAAGGUGCUGAGACUGCUGUUGGUGGCGUGGGACCGGAGGCUGAUCUUCUCCGUUGGAACUUCAAGCACCACAGGAGAGUCAGACACAGUCAUCUGGAACGAGGUCCACCAUAAGACAGAAUUUGGCUCCAAUUUGACGGGCCAUGGUUUCCCUGACGCUGGACAUUUGGACAACGUUUUGGAGGAGCUCAGAGCGCAGGGCAUCACAGAAGACGAUGGACUGACAGAAAAAUGAUCAAACCAGCAACAAAAUCAAGACAUCUCAAAGACAAAGGAAUGGGACUCUGUGCCAGCACUUAAAUGUACUACAGUAUGGGAUAUAGAAGACAUUGGAUUUUGUUUUGCAGGGUUUUUAACCACUUAAAAUCACACAGGGCAAUGGUUCUCUAAUGUUCUACAAGUAUCUCCUCAGAAAUAUUCAACUUUCAAAAUUAGGGAUAGAUAUUUGUUAGUCAAAAUGGAGACUGGAUUGUGGUUUGAAUCACUCCUCAGUAAGGAUUAAAACCAAGACUAGACUUUGAAUGUGAGCAACAGGCUGCACUGCAAUUUCUCUUGGGAUAUCUCUGUAUUUAUCCAUCUAUAACAUGGUAAAACCAGAUCUGAAACCAAGUUUUAAACCAGAUUAAAACUGGACCAAACCAAGACUCAGAUCUGAAACAGGAUAAAACAAUGGUGCGUUCACAGUUGAGUAAACUAGAACUAAACAAACAAAACUUUUAGACCAGGACUAAACCAGGUUUAUAACCAGACUAAACCAGGUCUGAAACACAGACUAAACUACAGAAUGCAUAACUAAAUUAGGAUUUGGGUGCCUUAAUCUGUCAUCUCAACUACUACUUGAGUCUGAGCCUGUUCCAAACCAGGACUGAAGCAGUUCUAAACCAGAUCUAAACCUGGACUAAAACAUGUCUACUUAACCUUACUAGCUAAAGAUAGACUAAACUUGGACUUCACUGCAUCUAAUACAGAAUUAAACCUGGAUCAAACCCAUUUUAAACCAAGACUAGGCUUUUAUUAAUUUAUUUAUGUUACCUGUACCUCAGUUUGAGAACCAUUGCCCUAAAAUCCUAUUAAAUACAUUACAUUUUAUCAGCUAAUACAAGAGAUUGAGGUAGCAUUAUGGUAAGCAAGCAAAACACUCUUUAGCCUAUUUAAAUACAGGUACUAAAUGUCCAUAGAAGAGAAUGAGUUGUACUAAUACUACUUAGAUUUGCUUUGCUGCGAGAUAGUGACAUGACAAGGAUGGUUUUAAGGUUUAGGAUGGUACAUAUAUACAGAAAAGUCUAAGAAAUUGAUGAUUUGAAGGCUUAAGAUUGUUUUUGGAGAUGGUUUACAGGGAGAAAGUAGCAGUACGAAAGAAAGAUGGCAUCUGAAUGUAGUGUAGAAUAGGCGUAGAGUGAACUAACUUGUUUGGUACAUUGUAGGCCGGAGAGUGUCGUUUGUUUACCUUCUGUUUGGACGUUCCUGCUGCGUCAUCUGGUGGUGGUUUACGGAACUACACCUCAUCUCGCUGAUCGUGUACUAUAAUAUUUUUCUCUUAUUUUUGUCCAGAACUUGACAAUAAUACAAACCAAUUGGCAAAAUGCUUUAUGUAGUAAUAUUUUUAUUGCAAUAUAUGAAAUUAAAAUAAAAAUUUAAUCUAAAUAAUAAAAAAUGUUAAAAUUGUAUCUGGAAUUGUAAUUGCAAUUUGUUUUUGCCCUAGUUGCAAGAAAGUUAUUGUCAAUCUCUGGUCAUAUCACAUGCAGUUAUCAUUGCGCAAUGUCAUUCCGUACCUCUUACUGUUUUUGAGUUUAUUCAGAUUUAUUUAGGUCUAUUUAUGAGUUCAAAUUAUCAUAAAUUUACUAUUUUUAUUGACAAAAGACCAAACAGAAAGUCUUACAUUUGAGCCACUGUGGUAAAGGUUACAUAUAAAGGUACCAGUAUUUACUUUUGAUGUAUUUUAAGUUUUAUUUUACCUUAUUUUAGAAUUUAUAAUAACAUUUGUUGGAAAUUUUGUAAAUGUUUAGACAGCCACAUGUGACAUUAAGGUUUGCUUUACAUGGUAGAAGCAAUGGAUCAUUCUGUUUUUACAAAUAGUAUGUCCACUACAACUUUCAUUUUAAAACUAAAAAGUGGCACUAAAAAUAUUUACAGUUUGACUAAAACAGCCACAUGAAUACCAGUAUUCACCAUUUCUAAUAGGUAAUUUCAGAUGGAGGGCAAGGGUCUAUAUAACUGUGGAAGGUUCACUGUUUUUGACAGAAAUAGAAAUAUCCAUCUAUUAUCUUUUGCUUGAGAUUGGUUCCACAAACUUUUCUUAAAGGCUUUUCAGUUGACAACAUUCACAUCUUUGGGGUUGAAUAACAGCACCACUUUGUGGAAACAUUUCACAUUUGUUUACUGAAACUGAACACAACCUUUUACGUACAGUUUUAUGUUUUAAAAUGAGAAAAUGUGUGGACAUACCCUACAACUCAAGUUUUUCUGUCACAUUUCAGAUUAGUGAAUGGGUUACUAGUAACUGAAUAAAUAGUAAUGAGAAAAUGUGUGCUUUGCAUACAUAGUCUUGAUAACUUGGCACUGCCCAGGCCAUGAGUUAAGCUAUAUUUGACUCACAAUGGUACAAAUCUUAUGGUAAAGAAAGAAAUGUGUACUGUGUAUACAAGCAAAAGUUCAGAGUAUGGUACUCCAAUACGAUGGUACUGCCCCUAUGGUAACUACUUGGAUUAUUUUAACAUGAAUUAGAAUUACACAUUUCUUUUAAUAGUAUUUUCUUGACACUAUAGAUUUAAUGGACUUUUUACAAAAUGUGUACAUGUCUUUUUUUAUCAUUAUUAUUAUUAUGCUGUUUUAUUUGUUGUUAAUGGUUUACAGCCAAUAUUGUUAAUGCAUUGUUACUUGUAUACAGUCCUUUAAGCUGAUUUGUCCCCUUUUUUUCUUCUUCUUCUUCUUCUUCUUCUUUGGAAAAGGAUUAUGCUGGUAGAUUAUCUCUUUUUCACUUUAUAUUUUGGACAGACAUUUUGAGAAUUUGUUCAAUAAAGUCACUGCUUUUCUGACUUUUGCAAAAAAAAAAAAAGAAAAAGGUAAAUGCAAAUUGCAAAAUUAAACUGUGCUAAAUUUGAAUUCUUAAUUUGAGUAUGCUACUGCAAUUAUUCACAUUUGCUUUAUCAAUUUAGGAAAAAAAAAAAAAAUCUUGCUUUUCUUUUUUGCUGUGUUGUUUUUGUGUCCGCCAGUAGCCUACUACCAUUUUCACAUUGAGUAAUUAGCCUAUAAUUUUUCUGGUGCCAUUGUCUUUUUAUGUCUGAGAGAGAAGGCUGGACAAGAGAGCUCCAAAACAUGCAAAAAAAUAAUAAACAAAAGUGUAAAUAUUGCUACAUGUGCUGGAGUAUGAAUGAUUAAUACGGAAAAAUAAAGAAUGAAUGAAA